AUUUAAAUACAGAGGAGGGCCUUUAUUAUGUCCUCGAUGAAUCUACACCAAAGUUCAAAAAACAACCUACUAAUGAAGGCGCCGUAAAGUUCUGUUUCUCGGCAAAUGAUCCUACAAGCCCGUCAAUAAAUAAAAAGAAGAGCGGUAAUACUUUAAGGGAGUUUUUGGUAGAACUAGGAGAACUUGAAAGAAAUGAUCAAAAUAUAAAUUUAGUAAUGGAGAAUGCACUUAAUUAUAUAAUUGGCGCCUGUAAUGUUUGUAAUGUUAAAGAGGCAUUUAAAUCUCUCCCGAAUGACUAUGCAGAUGUUCUAUCGCUCAAAGUUGAAUUAGAUUCAAAAGUUGAGUGGGAAAUUUCAGAAGACAAGUUGUUCGAUAUAAAAAAUGUUUCAAUCAAGCCAAAAGAUGAAGAACUCUCAAAACUUGGUAAUUAUGUAGUAGCCAUGCAAAUAAUUAUCAGAAACCCAAAGCUCAAUAAUAUGGAAAUUUCGAUGAAAAUUGAUUUAAAUAAUAAUGGAUCAGAAAGCACAUUAGAGUGGGCCCCAAAGUUAAAAGAUAUAUCUAAAACAAAACCUGUUUAUGACUAUCUUUUAAAUACAGAUGUCCAACAAAAAAAAUGGAAAAAUCUAUCCUUUGGUUAUCUAUGCCUGUUAACGAUGCCUCAAUUGUUAGUGGUACCAGAAUUAUUGAAAAUUCCCUUGCCUUUCAUAUCAAGUACUUCAUUAUUAGACCGAAAAGUCAAUAAAGAAAUUUCAGAAAUUAAUUUCGAAACUGGCCCAAUUGGGGCUAUAGUAACUGAGGCGAAGUUUUUUUUGGAAACCUUAGUAACAGGAAAU